UAUCACUCUCUUCCCACUCUAACAACCUUCCAUUUCCGCCAUUCCCUCUGUUUCCUCAAAUCCCCAAUCCCCAAUCCCCCAAUUUCUCUAUUCCCCAAUCAAUCCAUGGAGUUCUUCACCUUCUUCAAAUCCGUCAAACUCCGAAGCCACCUCCGCAAAUACUUAUCCGCCGCCGACGACCACCAAACCGUCCGCCAAACCUCCCACACCUCCGCCACCGGAACCAUUUGGGCUAUCGAAUUCGUCGAAGGAAAAACCGAUUCCAUCCGCCUCCGGAGCCGCCAUGGAAACUACCUCUCCGCCACUGACCUCACCUUUCUUCUCGGCGCCACCGGGAGGAAGGUAAUUUGCCAAACUAAGCACGCCGCGGCCUGGAGUUCUCUGGAGUGGGAGCCUGUACGCGACGGCGAUCAGGUGAAAUUGAUGAGUUGGUGCGGCAGUUAUUUGAGAGGCAACGGCGUUAUGCCCCCAUGGAGGAACUCUGUUACUCAUGAUGAACCGCGAUUCUCUUCCACUAAGGGAUGGAUUCUGUGGGACGUUGAACCUGUUGUUGAAAUUCCUAAGUAUUGUCUGUUCAUGAGUCGAAGGUCUAUUUCUGCCCUUUCUUGUUCUUCUAAGGAUUCCGUCUCCGGGAAAUGCUCUCCGUCCACCCCCAAAUCGGUACGCCGAUCCUCUACGUUACAGAUCAAAUCUUUCUCCGAUAACAACCUGCGAUCUAACUCAGAUUUCUUCCACAACGUCAAGACUGUCCGCCUCCGCAGCCAUCACAACAAGUACCUUGUUGCUGAUGACGAUCAGGACUCAGUCAACCAAGAACGUAGCGGGUCUUCCAAAAGUGCUCAUUGGUCCGUUGAGUUUCCAUUCAGCAAAAGGUCUAACUUUACCAUCCGUCUCAAAAGCUGCUAUGGCAAGUACCUGACUGCCAGCAAUCAACCUUUCUUGCUUGGAAUGACCGGCCGAAAAGUGCUUCAGACCCUUCCUCGACGGCUAGAUUCAUCCAUUGAGUGGGAACCCGUUAGAGAAGGGGCGCAGGUCAAGUUCAAGACCUGUAAUGGUAACUUCUUAAGAGCAAAUGGGGGUCUACCGUCGUGGCGUGAUUCGGUCACUCAUGAUAAUCCGAGUCAAACCGCCAUCCAAGAUUGGAUCCUCUGGGACAUUGAUGUUGUUGAGAUUCAGGUUCAGUUCUUGAGUCAUAGAGCUCCCACAAUUGAGAAUGUGGAUUCUCUAGAUUUCAAUCCCAGCUCACCCCCUUCUGCCUCUGGAAAAUGGGCCCAUUACUCCAGACUUGAGUAUACUAAUUCGACCGUUAGUUUACCUCCCAAAUCUGAAGGAAGGACCAUUUACUAUCAUGUGGCUGAUGAAAGUGGAGAUGUAGAUAAAGAUAUAAUGGAGGGUUCUUCUUUUACAUUCAAAGGAAAUGGGGUGGAGGAGCUGACUCGCAAAUUGAAGGAAGAAAUAGGAUUUGAAGGUAUCAUUGUGUGUACUCGCAAUCCAUUGAAUGGGAAUCUUUAUCCUCUUCGCCUGCAACUUCCUCCCAACAACGCAAUCAUGCAUGUGGUUGCCGUUCUUGAAUCAUCCAAAUGUGAGAUUUUCAACCCCUUUUUUGUUGAACUGACAUUGUUGUUUGUUUUGAUCUUCUUUUCCUUAACAUCCGUCUUCGCAUCUUUUGUUUUUCAGUGGGAAAGGACCUUGCAAAACAAUGUUUAUCAUAAAAUCCCUAGCGAAUAAUACCGAUACAUUGUUAUCAAAAGAUUGUGGCAAUUAUAUUCUCAAACAAGUCUGAGAUUGGUGCCCGGAUGAUCCUACUCCUCGUCAUUCGGAUUCUUCAUUUAUUUAGCCACACACAAAUAAUUACAACAAAAGGAAGCUUGAAGUCAUAUGUGGAAGAGCAUAUAAGUCGAUUUCUGCUUCUGAAAUGUUCAACUCUUUUGCAUCUUCUAACUACUUGUUAAUUAGGGAUUCACAGAAGACGUGAAUUGAUGUAGUUUUCCAUAUCAGUAGUUGCAACCAAAUUUAGGAAGCUUUUUGUAUCAUUAAAUUUCCAUUUUAUG